AAAAGGCAAGAAAGGUAAUAGGAGUUACCUGGCUUGGACUGCUGACAUGGACGCGGCAUUGUUGGCCAUGCUAGUUGAGCAUCACAACAAUGGAGACCAUGCUCAAAAUGGCUGGAAGCCACAUGUGUACAAUGCUUGCAUUAAGCAUGUGAAGGAGAAAUGUGAUGUUGUCAUCAACAAGGACAAAAUACAAGCAAGAAUUAAAACAUUUGACAAGCACUACGAGAUCAUUAGCAAGAUGCUUGCUCAAAGUGGCUUUGGAUGGGAUUGGGAAAAUAACAUGGUGAUGGUUGAUAGCGACGAAGUGUGGUCUCGAUAUGUGGAGGCUAACAAGGAAGCAGGUUGCUACCGGAACAAGGUCGUGAGGAAUUGGGAUGCUAUCCAGAUCAUCUAUUCAAAAGAUCAUGCAACCGGUGCAGGUGCUAGGACAGCAACUGAGACUGUUGAGGAUGACCAUGCAACUGGAGCAGGUGGUUCGAGCACACCAGCUCCUGAAGCAUCUCCUGAGGUGCCUAAAAAGAGGCAACGCACUAGUGAGGCCAUCUUGUGCAUGAUGGGAGAAAUGAGGACAUCUUUUGAUGAGGCUUUGAAGGCAACCGAGCCACUUUCUAUGCCAAAGGUGACUCCUCCAGCUGAAAUCCUUGAUGCACUAAAGAAAGUACCUGGGUUGGAGGAUGCUGAUAUAAUCAAGGCUUAUCAGAAGUUGACCAUCAAUGAGCGCGUGUUUGAAGCAUUCAUGGCCCUCCCUAUGAACUUCAGGAAGACAUAUCUCUUGACCUUGCCUUGAUGGUUCCUAUGAUGUGUGGAAGUUAA